GGCCAGCAGCACUCCCAUCUAGGCCAUCUCAAAAGAAGUUAUAGCUUUAAGCCUCUCUCUCACUCCGUCGAAUUAGCUUAGUUGUUGUGGUUGUAGUGAGUGACUUGGUUCUUGUUGUUAUUGUGGGGUGUGGAGAUAAGGUUACAGAAAUCAGUGAAGUUGGUUUCAACCAAUACAUCUUCUCCACCUUUCCCAAUCAAAGCCCGGUCUUUUCAGAGCUUUUAAAUAUUUUUUAUAACUUUGUUUAUUGAAUGAAUGAAAACUAUAUAGUUUAAUAUGGUGUCAUGCCUUACAGGCUAGCUUAUUCUAAAAGAUAUAACUUUGUUACUCUAUGUGGCAAACAAUGCUCAGAAAAUUUAUACCUGGUUACUACUAGCUUUAGUGCCUAUUUUCUUCUUCUUCUUGCUAGUUAUCAUUUGUUUUUAGUUUACCUUUGAUCUAGUUCCUCCUCCUAUAUACUUCAACUCCUUUCUGUGGCCUUCUUCUAUAUAUUAUAUAAAAUAAUACAAAAACCCACCUUUAGUCUGACCAUUACUUGAAGUUUGACAUGGUGGGAAGUGCGAUUCUCAUCAAAACCCAUCAUUUCUUUCAAGUGUCAACAGAAGGACCUAAAAGUUAAAACCCCAAAAUUCAUGCCCACCAGUUUUUUUCUUGUUUUUUUCUCCUCCUCUCUGUUGUAUUCAGGGUACCAUUUUUGAAAGCCUUGAAAUUUGUGAUCUUCUUUUGGAGUUAUUCAUUGAAGACCUCAGGCCAAGGGAAAGGAAAGUAAACCCUUUCUUUUCUUAUAUUUUUCUUUUUCAUUCAGCUUCUCAUCCUUCCUUUAUAGUUAAGUAGUUCUGGUCUUAAGCCCAAGUAUAGUUAGAAAAAUCUUUGAAAAAAAGUCCUACUCCUUUUGGAAGGGAAACAAAGCCAAGUAGUUUUUGGUGAUACUACCAAAGCCAAGCCAGAAUGGAAGAAUGGAAUGGGAGAUCAAUGAGAGCUAUUGACCAAGAUUUUGAAGAAGAAGAUAUAUGGGAUUCAGUGAAAGAGACUGAUAAUAUUAGUCAUCAAGAUUAUUAUUCAACUACACCCGGAAUGAGAAAGAAGGCAGUCUCCUCCUCCUCUACUACUACUAGCACUUUACCAAGAAUGAUUCCCAGAAGAGCUAAUGGUAAUACUUCCAAAGCCACAGGUAAUCAAUCCUCAGCGCCCAUGGAAAUCCCUGAUUGGUCAAAGAUUUAUGGGAAGAAAGGCACCAAGAAUGGUUAUCAUCGUGAUCAUGCUGAUCAUAGUGAUGAUCGUGAUGAUGGUGGUGAUCAUGAUAACGAUGACGACGACGAUGAAAUGGUUCCUCCACAUGAAUGGAUAGCCAGAAAGCUUGCAAGGAGUCAGAUUUCUUCUUUCUCCGUGUGCGAAGGAAUAGGAAGAACACUCAAAGGAAGAGAUCUUAGCAAGGUGAGGAAUGCUGUGUUGACAAAGACUGGUUUUUUAGAAUAAGAUAUUACUUUAAUGUCUUUUUUUGUUUUGUUGGGUCUCUACAACGUCAUCAACAGUGAUUUUAGGGCAUGAAAUGAAAGUAUUAUAUUUGGUACUAUUAGCUACCUAGACCUAGCUAGCUAGCCUAGUGCAGUGGUGUAGUCAAGCCCGGGUCCCAUGUCAUCUUUUUUGCUUUUUUGGGGUUUUAUUAAUUUAUGGUUCAUUAUUGUAGUAAUAUAAUAUUUAGAGGCUGAGUAGAACUAGAUUAGGUCCAUUUUUAAAAGAAAAGAAAAGAAAAAAAAGAAAGAAAGAAAGGUAGAAUUGGAUUCUUGGCUUGGUGGUGUGUGGUGUGUGGUGUGUGGUGUGGUGCUCUUUAAGAAAUGGCCGCCUCUGCAAUUUUGUCUGCUAGUGGAUUCCGUUGUACUUGUUAUUGUAAGGUCCAGUAGGGUUUUUCAAAAUCAAUUAAUUUUUAAUUAGUAUUAUAAUA